AUGGAAUGGUAUGACAAUGUGUUUGAUAUUUUGGAUCGAAAUAAUGAUGUAUUGGAAUAUACAAAGGAAGAAUUGAAUCGAUAUUUCACAUCUGGUCAUUUAAAUGUAACAAUCGAUGAAGAGGCAGCAGAACAAGAAGAAGAAGAUGAUAUGAUCGACGAUGAUAAUUUAUUUCUUCACCACUAUGUUGAAUCUACAGAGGAAGAAGUUCUAUCACAACAAUUCAGCCAGUUGUCGACAGACAAUGAAUCGGAAGAAGGAGGCUCUUCGGUAGUCAGUAGCAAACGAAAGUUGAAUACAACGUCAGCUCCCUAUGUUGUUUUCAAGAGAAUCAAAUCAACGAAUGAUAACGAUCCUAAUGUUACCGAAGGAGAAGAAGAAGAACAAGAUCAAAUACCAGCUUAUCUAUUAGCAACAAAUAAAUCUUUUGAUCAUAUGAUUCAAAAGGUGAUGAAUACUGCUAGUUCAAUUGAUAUGAAUGAUUUACGACAAUUGGCAUUGUUAAUACAUCAUAUUGCUGCUCUCAACAUACAAAAACAGGUUACCAUCGUUUAUUUACGAUCAGGUACAGGCAAAUUGAGAGAACCAGAGCCGAGUUUAACUGAAGUUGAUCGACGAGUUUGGCCUAUGCAAGUCAAAUCAGCACUAUCAGAAAAACGUAAACAACGAAAGAUCGUCACAACUGUACAAAUUACUACAGAAGAUGAACAUCGUGAUCAUGAAAAUCUCGUCUAUGAACGUUUACAAAAAAUUAACGAAAGAAUUGAACAGUACCAACGACAGUUCAACGAAAAGAAACGUCAGUUGAUAGCAUUGCUUGAAUAUGACUACGAUGCUGAAAUAUUGGAACGUAAAUAUCUAGAAGAAAAACCGAAUGAUUAUCAGAUUGAAGUUGCUAAACGUCUCUAUCAGGGAAAAUAUGAACUCGAAAAGGCAAAACGUGAAUUACUUGAAUUAAAACAACGAGUCUUCCACAAUAAACCAUUUUCCAUCUACAAAUCUGUUCAAAUAUCUAAUAAUACUAUUACAACUGCUAUGAUAAAACAACUGGACCUAAUCGCUAUACAGAUAAUCAAAGCAGAAGUGAAAUUUUAUUUAUUAGAAAACAAAUUCGAUGCUGAAUACAGUAAGAUGUUAGAAAAUCAUCGUAAUCUUGUGAAAAAUAAAGGUAUAUCUACAACAUUGAAUAAUAUCAUCGAUCAACGUCUUAAGAAUAUCGUCGAUCGAUGGAGAAAUAUUUACGAUUACAGAAUCAAUUUUUAUCUUCGAAGUUCCUAUGGUGAUCUGGAAAAUAUGAAUCAUGAGAAGGAUAGAAAGAACAAUGAUACAACUGAACAAUUAUCAAUGAAGAAUAUUGAAUUUUUCUCGAAUCUAAUUAGUCAUACAAAGCAUCAACUUAAUAGUAAACAAAUACAACUAUUGAGUCGAGGGCCAACUUAUACUCCACCAUGUCAAAUGUCUCUGUUUACUUCUUCGACUUCAUCACAAUCACUUAAUGAUAUAGUAAAAAAACAGUUUGCGCCGUUGAAACAUCAAAUGGCAAGUGUAUUGUCAAAACAUCAUAUUAAUAUUGCUUUAUCAUGGGAAGUUCAGAACGCCAUCAAUCAAAAGUUCGUCGAUUACUUUACUACAUCAAUACCAUUAAAUAUUCGUCAACGUACUGCUUAUGAAAUGGAAUUAGUUCAAUCUAUUCGAUCGUUUCUAAAGAAGAACAAUCUUAUUCUACGAAGAACAGCAGAUAAUCAGAAUACGUUUUAUCUUGGUGAAACUAAAGUGUUUGAAACAGCAGCAAACGAAUAUCUAUUGAAAUCUGAUGCUUAUAAAGUUUUAAGAACUAUCGUAGAAGAAGAAGAUAAACAAGAAUGGCAAAAUGAUUUGAAUGCAAGAAUUGAAGCCAUGAAUGAUGCAUUACAAAUAUUAAAAAGACGAAAAGCAUUGGAUAAGAAUGUUGUUGAUACUCUAAUUACUAAUUUAAAUAAAGUCAAAUUACCAUAUUUGUAUUUCUUACCUGAUGUUUCCAAAGUGAGAACCUUUUUUCUUCUGAUUAUUAUUAUUUCAUUUAUUUGCGUAGGAAAAUGAACUAUCAUUGAUACCAAAAAUUGUUGCACAAUAUAGUAUCACAUCCAAGAUUUCUAAAUAUAUUCAUCGAUUGCUUCGAUCAUUUGUUAACGAAAAGAUGAAAUUAUUAACAUUUCGUGAUGAAGUUGAUUUUAUGCAAAAAUUAUAUUAUUACACUUAUAAUCAACAACGAUUAAAGCCGACGACACUGUUCUGUACAAUUAAAAUUACUAAUUUCUACACAUUGAUCGAACAUGAAAAAAUGAUUGAUAUAGUUACAUAUUUCUUACAGGAUAAUUCAGUAACCAAUAAAGUGAAUCAAGUAUCUAUCAUGACAAU